UCUCGGAUUUCCGGUGUGUGACAGGCGCGAGUCGUGGGCGGAGCUUGUCCCUCCCUGGACUCAGCUGCCACUUCUCCUCCCGCUUCUAGCACGACCAUGGACUUCAACGUGAAGAAACUGGCGGCCGAUGCUGGCACCUUCCUGAGCCGGGCAGUACAGUUUACAGAAGAGAAACUUGGACAAGCAGAGAAAACAGAGCUAGAUGCCCACCUUGAGAACCUUCUUGCAAAGGCUGAAAGCACAAAAGUAUGGACUGAAAAAAUUAUGAAGCAGACAGAAGUCUUACUACAACCAAAUCCAAAUGCCAGGAUAGAAGAGUUUGUCUAUGAAAAGCUUGAGAGAAAAGCUCCAAGUCGCUUGAAUAAUCAGGAGCAGCUGGCCCAGUACUUGAUUGAUGCAGGGAACGACUUUGGUCCAGGAACGGCAUACGGAAAUGCUCUCAUUAAAUGUGGAGAAACGCAGAGACGAAUAGGAGGAGCUCACCGGGAACUUGUACAGACUGGAGCUAUUAACUUUCUCACUCCCUUAAGGAAUUUUAUAGAAGGAGAUUAUAAAACCAUAUCUAAAGAACGGAAAUUGUUGCAGAAUAAAAGACUGGAUUUAGACGCUGCAAAGACCCGUCUGAAAAAAGGCAGGGUUGCAGAAGCCAGGGCUUCGCAAUUAAACGCAGCUGAGCCUGAACGGGAUACCAGCUUUAUGGUAAAUGUGUCUUACAUGCUCGGCGUGUUGCAUGUAAAGUGGCUGAAGAUGUGGACUGAGGAGGUAAAAAGGUCUGAACAGGAACUCCGGAUAACGCAAAGUGAAUUUGACCGCCAAGCUGAGAUUACUAGAUUACUGCUAGAAGGCAUAAGCAGUACACAUGCACAUCAUCUGCGUUGUAUGAAUGACUUUGUGGAAGCCCAGAUGACCUAUUUUGCAGAGUGUUAUCAGUAUAUGCUGGACCUUCAGAAGCAGCUUGGCAGCUUUCCAUCAACUUUUGUAUCCAACAAUAAUCAGUCGUCCUUAACGCCUAUGCAAAGUGUUCCUCUGCCGUCAAUCUCUGCCUCCGCUCCAUUACCUGCUGCAAGCAAUUCUGUUGUCACAUCAGGCUUCAGUGAGCUGAAAGCAACAAGUGGCAGCAGAAAGGCCAGAGUUCUGUAUGACUAUGAUGCUGCCAACAGCAGUGAACUAUCACUUCUUGCAGAUGAGGUCAUAACUGUGUAUAGCAUGCCUGGGAUGGAUUCUGAUUGGUUGGUGGGAGAGAGGGUCAACCAGAAAGGCAAAGUGCCAAUUACCUACCUAGAGCUACUGAACUAACUGACUUGUUUUCCAUUCUCGCCUGAAGUGCCGAUUUUCAGCAAAUAAAUAUUUAUAUGCAAUU